CUCUGCGCGCCAAAUGCUCGAACACCUUCCCGCCAAAGCCACGCCCGCACAUUCACAAUAGAUCCACGCUCUCCGUGUCUGCGCCUGAUUCAGAGAAAGAGCCCGCAAGAAAGAGAUAGGAGAGAGAGAGAGAGAGAGAGAGGGAGAGGGAGAGCAAGAGAAGGAGGAAGAGGCGAAGCCAUGGACGACGCGCCCGCUGACGCCGCCGCAUCCGGCCGCCGCACGCGCACCCGGGGCACCGAGGCGGUGGCGCGCUCCGCGGCGCUCGAGCGCCUCCGCGCCAUCCGCGGCGGCGGCGCCCGCUCCGCCGCCGCCGUCCAGGUGCGGAUGGAGGACCCGAUCUACGACACCGUCGCCGAGGAGGACUACGCCGCCCUCGUCGCCCGCCGCCGCAAGGACGCCGGCGCCUUCAUCAUCGACGACGACGGCCUCGGCUACGUCGACGACGGGCGAGAGGAGGACUGGACCCACCGCGCCCUCCCUUCCUCCUCCGACGAGGGAUCUGGCGGCGAGGAGGGCGCCCCCCGCAAGCGGAAGCAGCCGCGCCCUCCCCAGGCGAAGCGUCCGCCCCAGCAGUCUGCUGCGGCGGCGUCCCUCUCCGCCGCCGGUGCGAUGACGGGCAAGGAUCGCCUCUCCGCCAUGUUCACCUCCUCCUUUUUUAAGAAGCCAGGCAGCGACCGCACCAAGGGCUCGUCGCUGGCCGCGGACAGCAUCGUGGACGACGUCAUCGCCGAGUUCGCCCCCGACGAGAACGACCGCGAGGAGCGCCGUCGUCGCGUUGGCAGAGUCUCUGCCCCGACACCAACGCCUGCUCCAGUUGCCCAAAUUAAGGCAAUUCAAGCAGCCGUACACGCUGAAAUGGAGGUUAGAUCGGAUAAUGGGUUCGAGCCUGAUGUGGUUUCAGACCAUGGAAACGAUAUGGAGGUGGAAUUACAGCCAGAGGUGGAAUUGAAGCCUGAUGUGGAAAUGCAACCCAAAUUAGAAGCAGCUCCAGGUUCUAGUCCUGAAUUGGUUGAUGAGAAUAAGAGCUCGGAGGAACUGAAGCUGGAAGCUAAUGGGGAGGUGAAGAUAGAGAAGGUGCACCGUUUAAACGCUAAGAUUAAGGCAGAGGGCACCAGGAAUGGUGAUAUGUUGAGUGCAACAGCAGGUUGGAUGAAGAUAUGUGGGGAGGGGGAGAAUGCAGGAGGCGAGGGAGAGGUGUCUGUUAAUGGUAACACCGAUGUAGAUGAAAGCUCGGAGUUUGAGCUGAAGGAUGGAGCACUGCCGUUCUAUGUGCUGGAUGCAUAUGAGGAGCCCUUCGGUAUUAAUUCAGGCACAGUUUAUUUGUUUGGAAAGGUUGUAAUAGGCAAGCGGUUCCAUAGUUGUUGUGUUGUUGUAAAAAAUAUGCAAAGGUGCAUAUAUGCAAUCCCAAGCAGUUCAGUAUUCCCAAGGGACACAAUAUCAAGGAUAGAGAAGAACUCCACAAGUUCUGAUGCUUCGCCAUCACUUCGAGCAACUUUACAUGAGUUGUCAUCUGGACUAAAGAUUGAAGUAGCUGAGAAGUUGUCUGACCUCAAUGUUUCAAAUUUUGUGAUGACUCCAGUCAAGAGGAACUAUGCAUUUGAGAGGACCGAUGUACCAAUCGGUGAGCAGUAUGUCCUGAAAAUCAAUUACCCAUAUAAGGAUCCUGCGGUACCAGCCGACCUCAGAGGUGAACAUUUCCAUGCGUUACUUGGGACAAACAAUAGUGCACUUGAACUGUUUCUCAUCAAAAGAAAGAUCAAGGGUCCUUCAUGGCUAUCGAUUUCUAAAUUUGUGGCAUGUCCAUCUACUCAGCGGGUCAGCUGGUGUAAAUUUGAAGUUACAGUCGACUCCCCAAAAGACAUUUCUGUUUUGAUGACAAGUACCACACUGGAAGUCCCCCCAGUUGUAGUUGCGGCUGUUAAUCUUAAAACUAUCAUAAAUGAGAAACACAACGUGCAUGAGAUUGUGUCAGCAUCAGUCAUAUGCUGUCACCAAGUAAAAAUUGAUACUCCAAUGCGUUCUGAAGAUUGGCAGAAACGGGGAACGAUCAGCCAUUUUACUGUUAUGCGCAAGCUUGAAGGCAGCAUAUUUCCUAUAGGCCUCACCAAAGAAGCUUCUGAUAGGAACCAGAAGGCUGGUAGCAAUGUGCUGGCACUAGAGAGCAGUGAACGUGCUUUGUUAAAUCGCUUGAUGAUUGAGCUUAGUAAACUUGAUUGUGAUGUACUUGUGGGGCACAACAUUUCGGGAUUCGACCUGGAUGUCCUUCUGCACCGUGCUCAGACCUGCAAAGUACCAAGCAGCAUGUGGUCCAAAAUUGGUCGCCUUAGAAGAUCAGUAAUGCCCAGGCUUACCAAAGGAAACACACUAUAUGGUUCUGGGGCAAGUCCAGGAAUUAUGUCCUGUAUUGCUGGCCGUCUCCUCUGUGAUACCUACUUAUGCUCUCGUGAUCUUCUGCGGGAGGUGAGUUAUUCUCUGACACAACUUGCAGAGACUCAAUUGAAAAAAGACAGAAGAGAGGUUUCGCCACAUGAUAUACCUCCAAUGUUCCAAUCAUCGGGAACACUUCUAAAGCUGGUUGAGUACGGUGAGACUGAUGCAUGGCUUUCUUUGGAGCUCAUGUUCCACUUGAGUGUUCUCCCGCUCACACGCCAACUGACAAAUAUUAGUGGUAAUCUGUGGGGAAAAACUCUCCAGGGUGCUAGAGCUCAGAGGGUAGAAUAUCUACUGUUGCAUUCAUUCCAUGCAAAAAAAUUCAUUAUACCAGAUAAGUUUGCUGCACGCAAUAAGGAGCUGAACUCUGCAAAACGAAAGCUUAAUGCUGAUACCGAAGGUGGAAAUGCUGCUGAUGGUGCUGCUGAUCCUUCCAUUGAUGAUGAGGUGCAUAAUGGUGAUCAAGGUAAAGCAAGAAAAGGCCCUUCAUAUGCUGGUGGUUUGGUUUUGGAGCCUAAAAAAGGUCUAUACGACAAGUAUAUUCUACUUCUGGACUUCAACAGUCUUUAUCCUUCAAUAAUUCAGGAAUUCAAUAUCUGCUUCACCACUGUUGAGCGUUCUUCUGAUGGCAAUCUCCCUAACCUGCCAAAUUCAAAGGCUACUGGUGUUUUACCUGAGUUGCUGAAGAGCUUGGUGGAGAGGAGAAGAAUGGUUAAAUCAUGGCUCAAAACCGCCUCUGGUCUCAAAAGGCAGCAGUUUGAUAUUCAACAGCAAGCUUUGAAGCUUACCGCAAACAGUAUGUAUGGUUGCUUGGGAUUUUCUAAUUCUAGGUUUUUUGCAAAGCCACUUGCCGAGCUUAUCACCCUACAAGGUAGAGAGAUCUUGCAAAACACUGUUGAUCUGGUUCAGAAUAAUUUAAACUUGGAGGUUAUUUAUGGUGACACGGACUCCAUAAUGAUAUAUACUGGACUGGAUGACAUCUCCAAGGCAAAAGCAAUUGCUGGAAAGGUCAUUCAGGAGGUGAACAAGAAGUACCGUUGUCUGGAGAUCGAUCUUGAUGGUGUAUACAAAAGAAUGUUGCUUCUCAAAAAGAAGAAAUAUGCUGCCAUUAAAGUGGCACUAGAUGGUAGUUUACGAGAGAACAUUGAGCGCAAGGGACUCGAUAUGGUCAGGCGUGAUUGGAGUAUGCUGUCAAAAGAAAUUGGUGAUUUUUGCCUGAAUCAAAUCUUGUCUGGAGGGACAUGUGAUGAUGUUAUUGAGUCAAUACAUAACUCUCUUGUCCAGGUCCAAGCACAGAUGAAAAGUGGUCAAAUAGAGCUUGAAAAAUAUAUCAUCACAAAGAGUCUAACAAAAGCGCCAGAAGAUUAUCCAGAUGCUAAAAACCAGCCUCAUGUCCAGGUUGCUUUAAGACUGAAGCAAAAUGGUUUCUCUGGAUGCUCUGCAGGUGAUACUGUUCCAUAUAUUAUAUGCUCGCAACAGGAUUCAGAUAAUACACAUUCUGGGGGAAUUGCUCAAAGAGCUAGACAUCCGGAUGAGUUAAAACGAGACCCUAACAAGUGGAUGAUUGACAUCGAGUACUAUUUGUCACAGCAGAUUCAUCCUGUCGUUUCUCGUCUGUGUGCUUCAAUUGAGGGUACUAGCCCUGCCCGACUGGCUGAAUGUCUUGGACUUGACUCAUCAAAGUUCCAAUCAAGAUCAAUUGGGUCUAGCAAUGAGGAUACGUCUACCAUGCUCUUAUCUGUAAUUGAUGAUGAAGAUGAGAGAUAUCGUGGCUGUGAGCCACUGCGUUUAUCAUGCCCAAGCUGUACCAAUACCUUCGAGUGCCCCCCUGUGUCCAGUCUGAUUGCUAGUUUAUCAGAUCCAAAUGAAGGAAAAGAUGCUACUGUGAAUUUCUGGCGUCGGAUGCGGUGCCCAAGAUGUCCAGAUGAUACUGAUGAGUGCAGAGUUUCUCCUGCUGUGCUUGCCAACCAGAUAAAAAGACAGGCUGAUAAUUUCAUCAAUCGGUAUUACAAAGGUUUACUGAUGUGCGAUGACGAGGGUUGCAAAUAUUCAACUCACAUUGUGAACCUUAGAGUGAUGGGGGAUUCUGAGAGAGGAACCAUCUGCCCGAACUAUCCACAAUGCAACGGCCGUCUAGUAAGACAGUACACAGAGGCAGAUCUAUACAGGCAAUUGUCCUACUUUUGCUAUGUACUUGAUGCAACCCGGUGUCUUGAUAAGUUGGACCAGAAGAUGCGGCUUCCUUUUGAGAAAGAGUUUGCAGUAUUAAACCAAACAAUAAGCUCCGCAUUUCUGGAGAUUCAGAAAAUCCGAGACAGAUGUGCUUUCGGAUGGGUUCAAUUGACAGAUCUAGCAGUGUCAAUCUGAUGAGCUACUGUUUGCCGUAAUCUCAAGCAGUGCUGAUCUGAGCAUGGGCCGUGGGAUAUUGUGUUGUUGAAACUAGAUCUGUUGUUGAAGGUGAAAGGAACUGGAAACCAGAUGAUGGCCUUGGCCACUAGCUGCUGACGGGUUUCCUGGCCUGCAAAGGAUGGAGUUGCCCACAUCAUGUUGCAUUUAAAUACAAAUGUUCUAACCAGUUGUUUCAGAGACCCUCCUUGGUGCCAUCCCUAAUUUUCGAAGUGUAUAUUGUACUACUGUUGUAAAUAUGUUGCAUCCAUCAGUCCCAUGGUUUUGUAGUGACAUACUUUGAAUACUAAAUUUGUCAUCAGUCAGUUUUUAUCAUCUUAAAAUUAUCACAAUCCAGAUGCUUAUUUACUGAUUCUCA